AUGAAAAGUCUACUGCGAGCCAUGUCGUUCACCACUAAACUCCUCAAGGUUAAACCAGAGCUGAUAAUCUUCUCAAAAGAUCAACUCCUACCUCGUAUCAAUGAUAAGGAGACUGAAGAAAAUCUUAAAAUCGCAGCAAAGGAGUUGCAAACCACCGACAAUGUGAUUGGGUUUCCCACUGAAACAGUUUAUGGUCUUGGUGGGUCGGCAUUGUCUGACGAAUCGGUGAAAUCCAUUUACAGAGCCAAGAAUAGACCAGCAGAUAACCCAUUGAUUGUUCACGUAUCGUCACUUGCCCAGUUGCAAAAGAAGCUUCUACCUCCAGAUUACAAAAUACCACAAAUUUACCAGAGAUUGAUAGAUGAGUUUUGGCCCGGUCCAUUGACUAUUCUACUACCUGUGCAUAAAGGUUCACCCAUUUCCAAGUAUGUCACCGCAAAUCAGGAUACUUUUGCCGUGAGGAUGCCCCAGCAUCCAGUUGCCAGGGCAUUGAUUGCAAUCAGCGAUUUGCCAUUAGCUGCUCCCUCGGCCAAUUCAUCGACUAAACCGAGCCCUACAAUGGCGCAACAUGUAAUGCACGACUUGCUGGGGAAAAUACCGAUUGUUUUGGACGGUGGGCUGAGUGAUGUUGGAGUGGAAUCAACUGUGGUAAAUGGCCUUUGUUCACCACCAAUGCUUCUUCGUCCUGGUGGAAUCUCGGUAGAGGAGUUGAAAAGAGUUGGGGGAGAGGAGUGGGAACAUGUGCAGAUUGCCAAGCGGACAGCCGAAAGUAACGAGGCGGUGAAAACACCCGGAAUGAAGUAUAAGCAUUAUUCACCAAAUGCAAAGGUUAUAUUAUUCAUCAAUUGCGGCAAUGGAGAGGAACUGAUUGCUGAAUAUGUAAAGUCAAACCAUAUAGACUUGAACCAGACAAAAGUUGCAUUACUAAAAUCAAAACAGUUUAAGGAUUUCAAAGGCAUAGAAGUUGUUAAAGAUUUAGGUAAAAGUGGAGAGGACAUUUCGAGAAAUUUAUUCAAGUUAUUGAGACAAGUGGAUGAGGAAGACAAGGUGGAUAUUAUCUUUGUGGAGGGUGUGGACGAAACAAACGAAGGGCUAGCAAUCAUGAACAGGUUGAACAAGGCUGCAGUCGAGGUGGUAGAGAAGUGA